UCCCCUCCCUUCCCUCCCUAACAUCAUCAGAAAGCGACCAGCUACGUUUUAAAAAAAACAGGGCGGCAGUAAAUGCGACCGUUGACAGUGAGUUAGAAUGUUCUCUUAGGCUCUAAGCGCACUACGUACGCGUUAUGGAGAAUUCUCCUAGUCGGAGCCAAUGGCUGGCGGCGGUGUGCCCGAAGCUGGGCGCGACGGCGCUAGUGCGGUUGGCGGCGGUGCUGCUGGUGCUACCGGCUCUGGCGAUCCUGAGCGUCGUGGAUCCCGAGGUGGCCAAGCCGGCGUGGGACGACGGCGUGGUGGACGGCGUGGACGCGGACCUGUUCCGGCGCGCCAUGGUGCAGGUCACCGACGCGCACCUCGCGGAGCCCCGUGGCAAGAUCGCUUUCCUCUUCCUCGUGCGCGGCCCGCUGCCGCUCGAAGAAGUCUGGCAGCGAUUCUUCCAGGGCCACGAGGCACUGUUCUCGGUGUACAUCCACGCGUCGCAGCCCGGCUUUGACUGCGACCAGGAAGUCCGCUACCCCGCCUUCCGCGCGCGCCAGAUCCCCAGCGUGCCGAUCUCGUGGGGGGGGCCCAACCUGAUUCGCGCGGAGAGGCGGCUGCUGGCGGCGGCGCUGGCGGACCCGUGGAACCAACGCUUCGUGCUGCUCUCAGAAUCGUGCCUGCCGCUGUUCAACUUCUCGCACGUGUACGACUACCUCUUCGCCUCGCCCAAGAGCUUCAUCACCAGCCAUCCGAGCGCGUGGCGGUACGAGCCGGGCAUGGCGCCCGCUGUCAACCGCAGCCAGUACCGCAAGGGCUCCCAGUGGUUCGCCUUGACUCGCCGCCAUGCCGACAUGGUGGUGGCUGACACCCGCGUGUACGACGCCUUUCUGCAGAACCACGCCAUGAUUCCUGACGAGAGCUACAUCCAAACCUUGCUCCUGAUGCUGGAGCCGAGUGCAGUGGAGCCGCGCGGAGUGACGUUUCUGCACUGGCAGUCGGCGUUCUCGAAGCACCCGCUCACCAUCACGCCGGCGCAACUCACCCCCGACUUCCUGCGCUCCAUCCAGCGCACGCGCCUGCCGCCCAAGGAGGCCAUCGGCUUCCUCAGGGUACCGCCCGCGCGCCUCUGCACACUGGCGGGGCGCCCCGCGCACUGCUUCCUCUUCGCGCGCAAGUUCAACGCGUCCGCCAUCCCAACCUUCCUCGCGCUCUCCGACUCCGUUGGCUUCUAGGCGUCUCAUCACCCGAUGCCUUCAUCUCAUCUUUCAGGCGCCUCACAAGUCAACGCCUCCGCCAUCCCUGGCUUCCUCGCCCUCUCCCAUGCUGUCGGCUUCGAACCUUCUAGUCACCCGAUGCCUUGACCUAAUUCCCGUCCCUCGCGGCCUCCAAUCGCUGCAGCUUCUCCACCAUUCCAGCUGCUUUCUGCCACCGUGCCCGCCGCUCUCCUGUAAUAUAUGUCCAGCAACUCCCCUAGGUAAUUGUGCACGCGCUUGGCAAAUUGGAGCGGAUUGAUACAGAGUGGCCUGGGGUGGGGAGAUGGCACUGCACGUGUUUAAUGCAGCACGGACUGCACCCACUAGAAUGGUACAACAAUAACACCAACAGCACUUGUUGGAGCGGAAUUCAGACACCGGUAGUGCGGCGCAAUGUGCCUGAUAGGCCUGGAUAGGCUGUCCAUUGUAUACUUGCCAUUAUAAGCAGUGAUUUGAAGGCUCCUUGUUCCUAGUAAUGUACACUGCUACCCUACAUUGAUUGUCUGUCGAGAG